ACGGCGUCCGGCACGUGCUUAGAACGAUUGUCCACUAAUUAUAGAGAAGCGACUUCGACCUUGAGAAGACUAUUAAGAGCAUUAAUGACGUGGUGAUUUGCAAUAGGAGUGAAGUUAUUUAAACUGAUACAUAACAACACUGUAUUGUAUAUGUGUUUAAUGUAGCUAUUCAAAACACUUGUUCCUAUUCAAAGUGCUGCCUGCAAUCCAAUGAUUGUUCAAUAUGUCAACAAUUAAUGAUAGAAGUGACGAACCUGUUAAAUUUUUGUGUCCUUCUAUUGAUGAGUUGAGCACAAUUGUGAAUGAAGUAAAAUGUGAAGAGUGCAAAUUGAUAUUCCGCAAUGAACCUCAGUUUCGUAUGCAUGACUUUAAAGUUCACAAACGAAAAAACCUUGGUAAAACUUGCAAGAAAAACUUUCUUUAUCACUGCCCCAUAAAGGAUUGCAUUUAUGCACCUAAUAAAAAGAAGCAUUUUACUCUGUACAAAUAUCUUAAACAACAUUUUUUAAAAGUUCAUGCUGAAAAGAAAUUUACCUGUACUCGCUGCACUAAAAGCUUUUCAACGAAUGCUGCAAGAGAAGCUCAUGUUAGAAUAUGUGGUACAAACUUUACUUGCGAAUGCCUGAAAAUUUUUAACAGUUAUGAAGCUCUUCUCACACAUGCCAAAAGAAAUUCUCAUAAAAUAGAUCAGAAAUACAGAUCAAAUAAAGGUAGUAGUAAGAAAAAGUAUAAACAAAACAGUUCAGCUAUAAUUUGCACAACAUUUAUUAAAAACGAAGGUAUUGAGAUAACAAAUGCUCAAAAGCCUGUUGUCUACAUUUUACCCAAACCUACUAGUGAGGCAGCUGUGCAAACUGAAGAAAUUAAGAUCAAGAGAAAAUCCAAUAGCCCAAAGAACAAAAUUCUCAAAAAUCAAGUUUGUAGGCAAACACAAACAAGUGAAACUGUUAAAGAAAGACAGUCUAAAAAAUCUGCAGAGACUCAAACUGCUAAAACAGUUCCUCGAGUUAUCAGGGUUCGUCAAGUUGGAAAACGCAAGAAAAUUUCCAUAGACAAAAAUUCCAUCAUAAGAGAAGAUAUUAGUUUAGUCGAAACUUUGUCUUCUGAAUAUCUACUUCCUAAUAGUCCCUUAGCACUUAGACAUGAUAUAAUUUUACAAGAUUUAUGGGAAGAAAGAAGUACAUCAGGUACACAAACUAGUCCAGAAAAAACUAUAUUUGGUGACAUUGAUGAUUAUAAUAUGCAAAGUGUUACGUAUCAUGGAAUAUCUAGAUCAGAUCCAAUGUUGACAGAGGAAACUUUUACAGAUAGAUUUAGCAGUAUUGAAACUCAGACAGAAAAAGCGUAUUGUAGAUCAAUUUUUGAGUCCGAUCCACUAAGCUCUAAUAAUGAAACUCAAACCACUGGAAAUUUCACAGAAGCAAUGGAACCACUUCAUAUAUACAGCAACACUUGCACACAGACAUGUGAUGAGAUUUUAUCAUCUGACUUAGGAUUAUCAGAUAUUCAGACUCAGACUGCUUGGAGUCAUUUAGAUGAAUCAACUGUGUCGACAGAAACUCAAACCAAAGCUCUAAAAUGUAUAUCAGGUUGUAAUGAUUCGAAUUCAUGGUUCGCAACUCAAACAAAUCACAUGGAAACACAAACAGAUUUACUUCACAUUUUUGAAGAUUUGGCGUAGAUUAAAGUAAAAUCGCAAGAAACCAAAUAUUUAGUUUUAAAGUAUUAAAGUUAAAAAUUGUAAAAAAAAGUGUGCAUCUAAAGCUAGAAUAAUUUAGUAUACAUUUUUGCAUUGUUGUGUCUGUCAAACUGUGAUAACGUCGUCUACAUGUAUAACUAUAAUUUAUUUAAAAUAUUUAAAAUAAAUGUAA